AGCUACCAGGCCUGGUAGUUAGAGUCCAUUUGCAGUAUAACACACACUGAUAGGCCUGACAACAUGGAUAAGACAAAGUGAUUCCUUUUUAGGAAUGUGAAACUAUCUUUCCUUUAGAAUCUCACUUUAGAGGCAUAAACGUAACCCGAGACGAAAUAUUCCAGAUUUAUUGUGCCUGCUGUUUUGUGACACAGUGGAGUGAUGGAGAUCGAGUCUAUGGCAGCGAACACUGCACUGAUCAGGGCUAGAGAAGGUGGUGGUGGCAAACGCAAAGGAAGAAGCAGGAGAUGGAAAGAGCUGCUGCAAUUUCCUCACAUCAACGAAUGUGCCGAGCUGGAAAGCACCAUUGAACGAGACUACUACAGCCUGUGUGUGGAACAGCCUAUAGGGAAGGCAUUAUUCCAACUUUACUGUGAGACAAGACCAGAGCUCAAAUGCUGUAUCGACUUCCUGGAUGCAACGGAAGAGCAUGAGGUCAUACCAGCCGAGAAAUGGAAGAGCUUUGGGAAUGAAAUUAUUUCAAAGUAUCUCAACACAGAGUCUCCUCGAUUUGUGCAGGAGAUACCAGAUAACCAUCGGGAGAUAUGCAAGCAGAACCUGGAGUGCAACAUUUCCUACAGUCUCUUCAACGACUGCAGAAAAGCACUACAUGACUAUUUAAGCGGAGAGCCUUUCAAAGAUUAUCAGAAGAGCAUGUAUUUUGACCGUUUCCUGCAGUGGAAGAUGGUUGAAAGAAACCCAGUCACGAGGAACACAUUUCGAGAAUACCGGGUUUUGGGAAAGGGAGGCUUUGGGGAGGUAUGUGCGUGCCAGGCUCGGGCAUCAGGCAAAAUGUACGCCUGUAAGAAACUGGAAAAGAAACGCAUCAAGAAGCAGAAGGCAGAAAUUUUGGCUCUCAAUGAGAAGCAAAUCCUGGAGAAAAUUAACAGCAGAUUUGUGGUCAGCUUAGCUUAUGCGUACGAGACCAAGGAAGCUCUUUGUCUGGUGCUGACACUAAUGAAUGGAGGAGAUCUGAAGUUUCACAUAUAUAAGAUGGGCCUUCCAGGACUGAGCAAGGACAGGGUGCAGUUUUAUGCAGCUCAGGUCCUUUGUGGCCUGGAUCACCUUCACCAAAACAAUGUUAUUUACAGGGAUUUAAAGCCUGAAAACAUCCUCUUGGAUGAUAACGGGCACAUACGCAUAUCUGACCUAGGCUUGUCAGUAAUCGUAAAAGAAGGAGAGCUUGUUUGUGGCAGAGUGGGAACGGCUGGAUACAUGGCUCCAGAGGUCAUCAGUGACAAGUACUACGAUUUCAGUGCUGACUGGUGGGGACUCGGCUGUCUCAUCUACGAGAUGACCGCAGCGACUCUUCCGUUCCGCGAGCGCAACGAGCGGCUGCACCGGAAAGAGCUCGAGAAAAGAGUGCUGGAGACCGAAGAGCACUACGGGGUCAGGUUCACAGGGGACACGAAAGACAUCUGCCAAGCGCUCUUGGCCAAAAACCCAGAGGAAAGACUGGGAUGCGGGGAAGGUGGUGCAUCCGACAUAAAAGAUCAUGUGUUCUUCAAGGACAUCAACUUCAGGCAGUUAGAGGCUGGGAUGCUGACGCCCCCUUUUGUGCCAAAUCCAAAAGCCGUGUACUGCCAAGACGUUGUGGAUAUUGACCAAUUCUCCACAGUGAAGGGAGUCAACCUUGAUGUGACAGAUGAAGACUUUUACACCAAGUUCAACACAGGCAGUAUUGCCAUCCCAUGGCAAAAUGAGAUGAUUGAGAUGGAGUGCUUCAAGGAUUUGAACGUAUUCGGCCCCAAAGGCAAGAAGACACCAGAUCUUGAUCGUACAAUUCAGGUUGGCCAGAGCCCCAAAUCUCUCAAUAAGAGCAUGCGCCAACCACAGUCAAGUACCAGACACAGGCUGCUUGGUAAAAUCUUCAAAAGACAUCAUCGUGAUGAGCCCACAGAGCAGAAGAGCAGGUCAUCAAGGAAGACUUCAGAUGAGCUUCGAAUGAACUUAUUAGACUCUACAUAUGAUGUCUUGUAAAUACAUACAGUGUCUAUAAAUAGAUAAAGUUUCUACAGAGAUGUAAUAAAAGUUUGUGUAGCUGAAGAGACUUGUGUCUAGUUAAAAGACUAGGAUUUAAACUAGCAGGCUUGGUGCUGACAUUUUAUGGAUCAUUGUCACAGUGUGAAGGAGUGAGUAUGUGCCUUACUUUAUGAUUACUUUGACAUUUUUUUCAUACUGUUCUCAUUUGUUUUAUACUGUUACGUCUUAUCUAAAUAUAUGACUGAAAAUCAGUGAAA